GAGAAAGAACGAGGGGUUAGUGGGGUUGGAAAAUGACCCCGCUAUGUAAUGAGCUGUGGAAAUUUUAUUUUUCUCAAGCUCUCCCACCAAGCAUCACGGACUGACGGCCGUAACUGGCGCAAUCUUUUUUUUUUUCCGUUACUUGUGACAAAUAAUAAACCAAAUUUGACAUUGGCUAUUUGACAUUGGCUACCUCUAAUGAUCUUCGAUGAGUUAUUAGUGUAAUCAUCCUAGUAACCUAACGAAAUCGUAUCGUCAACCUGCCGUGUGCCCCCUCUUCGCUGAUUUGUGAUUUGAUCCCUCAUUUUCUGUCAUAACUUUUUUUAUCUUGACACCAAAAUUGUCGCAUUAAAAGUUAGUCCAAUUCUUCGCCAUGUCGGCACCACAGAGAAUCGCAAUCCUCUCCGUCUUCGACAAGACUGGUUUGUUGGACCUAGCUAAGGGCCUUGUACAACAAAACGUGCGAAUUUUGGCGUCUGGGGGUACAGCUAAGUUGAUUCGCGAGUCUGGAUUUCCAGUCGAGGACAUCUCAGCUAUCACGAAAGCCCCUGAGAUGCUUUCCGGCCGAGUCAAGACCCUACACCCCGCUGUCCACGCUGGUAUACUUGCCCGUAACCUAGCCGCCGACGAGAAGGACCUUGCCGAGCAGAGCAUUGACAAGGUUGACUAUGUCAUUUGCAACCUGUACCCAUUCAAAGACACCAUCUCUAAACCCAACGUCACCGUCCCCGAAGCCGUAGAAGAGAUCGAUAUCGGAGGUGUUACACUUAUUCGUGCCGCUGCCAAGAACCACGCUCGUGUGACGAUCCUCAGCGACCCGAACGACUACGCCGAGUUCCUAAAGGAGCUCCAAACUGGUGAAAUAAAGGAGGCGAGCCGUAACCGAUACGCACUCAAAGCUUUUGAGCACACAGCUGAUUACGACGCUCACAUCUCCGGUUUCUUCCGCGCACGAUACGCCGGCGAGGGUCAGCAGUACCUGCCCCUCCGAUACGGUGCCAACCCCCACCAGAAGCCAGCUGCCGCAUACACAAAAUCUAGCAACCUACCAUUUAAGGUUCUUGGGGGAGCCCCUGGCUACAUCAACUUGCUUGAUGCUUUAAACAGUUGGCCGCUAGUGAAGGAACUAAAGGCAGCUCUAGGAAUGCCUGCUGCCGCGAGUUUCAAGCAUGUUUCCCCCGCAGGCGCUGCCAUUGGCGUUCCCCUAAGCGCCGAAGAGCGCAAGGUCUACUUUGUUGAUGAUAUCCAAGGCAUUGAGACCUCGGGAUUGGCGCAAGCUUACGCACGAGCUCGAGGAGCCGACCGAAUGAGCAGUUUCGGAGAUAUCAUUGCUCUAAGUGAUGUAGUAGACGUCCCUACUGCUAGCAUUAUCUCGAAGGAGGUCUCCGACGGAGUCAUUGCUCCUGGAUAUGAGGCUGCCGCUUUGGAGAUUCUCAAGAAAAAGAAGGGAGGUAAAUACCUCGUACUGCAGAUUGACCCCGAAUACCAGCCCGACCCUACUGAGGUUAGGACUGUGUAUGGUGUAACUCUCACCCAGCACCGAAAUGACAUCGAUAUCUCACCGUCUUCCUUCAACCGUACUAUCACGCCGAAGGACUUUGCUCUGCCAGAAUCUGCUGCUAGGGAUUUGACUGUCGCCACAAUUGCCGUUAAGUACACACAGAGCAACUCAGUCUGCUAUGCUAAAAAUGGACAAGUUGUUGGUCUCGGAGCAGGCCAACAAUCACGUAUUCACUGCACCCGACUUGCGGGUGACAAGGCCGACAACUGGUGGUUGCGCUUCCACCCUCGUGUUUUAUGCAUCAAGUGGAAGAAGGGUACCAAGCGACCCGACAAGAGCAAUGCCAUCGACCUGUUGGUGAGCGGCGAGUUGCCAAAGGGUGGUCCUGAGCGCGAGGCUUUCGAGGCUGUUUUCGACGAGGUACCUGCUUCAUUCACCGAAGAGGAGCGCAAUGGUUGGCUCAGCAAGCUAGAUGAUGUUGCUGUUUCUAGUGACGCUUUCUUCCCUUUCGUCGACAACAUCUACCGUGCGCACCGAUCUGGCGCCAAGUUUAUUGCGGCUCCCGGUGGCAGUCAGAAUGACUCCGCCGUUUAUGAGACGGCUGAGAAGCUUGGUAUUGUUUUCGUGGAGCAAAACAUCCGGCUCUUCCACCACUAAAAAAAGGGCGAGGUUGGGACGUGAAAUGGUUGGUGGGAUAGGAUAGAUAAAAAGCAAAAAAAAAAAAAAAUGAAAGCCAAAAUAUGGACAAGAAGAUACCCGGUGUAACAAGGCAGGGUCAAGGAGGCGGGGGCCGGUAUUAACUACUAGGUGGGGGAAAUGGACUAUCAAUCUGGGAAUACUGAAUGUUCUUUUGCAGAGAUCUCGAGUUUACCAGUUUCAACCUAUUAAUGAAGAGUUCGACGAUAAGUAAAACAUAUUGCACGUAUGAGACAAUGAUUGUGGCCAACCUUCGCGUCAAUAAAUGGGGUUCCUUUGAAAGAGACAAGAAAAACUAGUCUAACUACGUCGCGAAACAUAAUCAUCACAAGGGGAGGAAUCAAGAAAAUCGGGA